AUGAAUUCAACACCAAAAAUAAGUUGUUGUUUAAUAUGUUCAAUUCUAUCAUCAUUAUCAAAUAUAAAUUGUUGUCCAAAACAUUUAACAUUAUUAAAUAAAACAUUAUCUUCAAAUUUAUCAACACCAAUUAUUUAUAUGAUGCCUUCAACAGUUAAUGAUUGGUCUAAAUUAGAUUGUCAUUGUCGAUCACAUUGUUCAAAAUCGAAACGACGUCGUCGAUCUCGUUCUUCAAGUUCAUCAUCAUCAUUAUCGUCAUCAUCAUCAAAAUCUCGACAGCAAAAAAGAAAACAAUCAAAAACUAUACAAUCGAAUGAUGCUAUACACAAAGAUAAUGUUACACAUUCUUCAAGUAGAGAAGAAAAUGCAUCGUUUCAUAUUGCAGCUCAGGAAAUAUCAUCUGUUUACCAACAACAUCGAUCAAAUCAUGUUCGAACUCCAUUAUCACCUUUAUUUCGAUCAUCUUCAUUAAUCAAUACAAAUAUGGAUAAUAAAAAUAAGAAACUACAAAAGAAAAAGAAAAUUUCAUCUACUCCAAUUGCAACUAAACCUAAGGAACGAAAUAUUGAUCGAAUAGAAUCGAUAGUGCAAUAUGAAUCUCUUCAAUCGAAUCAUCAGAGAAUAAAUAAACAAUUACAAUCUCCAGUAUAUGCUCCACGUAUUCUUUUAAAUCGUGUUGUUCAUGUUAAAGAUGAAGGCGAAGCUUUAUUUACUAAUAAUCGUCAAAUGACUCUAAAUAUGGCUCAAGCAACUGAACAAAUGAUUGUACAAAAAGAUUUAAAACCAAGAAUUUUACUUCAACGUGUUUCCUUAUAA